CGCUGGUGGAGGUGGUGGAGAGGCAGGUGGCAGGGGCGAUCCCGGCGGAGCGGCGGUCCCGGCAGCUGGAUCCCCGGGUCGGGGCGUGACUGUCAUCCCGGAAGGCGGAGCUCAGGAUUCUGAAAGCCUAAGACUGCUUCCUUUAUAAUUAAGAGAACUUUGACAAGACGUUCAUAUCUGGGGAGGCUUUGGAGGAACCAUGUAAAGCACAGUCAUGCUGGCCUCUACCCCAGGCACACUGAUGCCGGGCUGACAACAAGAGGCUUGUGGACCUGAAAUUGGAUGCUGACCUUGUGGAACGUUGAUGGGACAGAGAUGGCACCCCAGGAACCAGCGUCAUCUCUCAGAGAAGAUAGCCCCAGAGGUUUUGAGGGGCUUUAACACACGAAGAAAAUGGCCCCUGUCUCAGGAUAUCUUCUGGUGUGUGAGAGACCCUGGACAUGGAGCUCCCAAGUCGCCACAACAGCGAGAAAAUCCCUGGGGACGCUGUGGAAGGGGCUCCCAGACAUCACUGGAAGAGCUUCCGAAGCUGGCCUCAUUAAGGAGGUAGAAACAAAUGCGGCUCCAGGUUUGGUUUUCAUACUUUUCUUCCAUAAGCUGGCAUCAUGACCCUCACAAAAGGUUCCUUCACCUACUCUAGUGGGGAGGAAUAUCGCGGCGAGUGGAAGGAAGGCCGCAGACAUGGUUUUGGUCAACUGAUGUUUGCAGAUGGUGGCACCUACCUGGGUCAUUUUGAGAAUGGGCUCUUCAAUGGCUUCGGGGUACUGACCUUCUCAGAUGGCUCAAGGUACGAGGGGGAGUUCGCCCAGGGCAAGUUUAACGGCGUUGGAGUCUUCAUUCGACAUGACAACAUGACAUUUGAAGGGGAAUUUAAAAAUGGCAGAGUGGAUGGUUUUGGCCUGCUGACUUUCCCCGAUGGUUCUCAUGGAAUACCUCGCAACGAAGGCCUGUUUGAGAACAACAAGCUGCUGCGGCGUGAGAAGUGUUCCGCAGUCGUGCAGCGGGCCCAGAGCGCCUCCAAGUCCGCCAGAAAUCUCACUGCCUGACGGGGCGUCGUGCGCCAGCUGACAAGUACUGGGUAAAGCAAAGGCCCCGUUACUCACUCAAGGUGAACAGAUGUACCUGCUGUGAGAGGAUAUGAGGAUGCCCGCAGAGAGCAGAAGCCUUGGGACGCCCCCACACCCGCCAGGCAGGGAUUCCAUCACAGAAUUCUGAGGACUCGGGCCCCGCUGCCCACAGCAGGGUCACCAGUUCUCUUUCCUUCUCUCACUUGUUGGUAUUCUGUGUCCCUAACACCUUGGGUUGCCCAGUGCAGACCUGCCUCUCCUUGAUUUCCUGCCAAGCGGGGCAGAGCCUCUUCGUUCCGCCUGUAUUUGGGGCAGUUGAUCCCAGCCCCAAAUUAGGGCUAAUGCUUUGUGGCCCCCCCCCUCCCCCGGAGAAACAGGGAGAGAGGCAGGGGUGGCUUAGGCAGUUUAGCAGUCCUGUGAAAGCCACUGCCAGAGCUUUUCUGCGUGUCCCCCCCCCCCCCACCGCCUCCCCAUUUGCUGCUGGUCGACUUCAUGGCUCCAGGCCUCCCCCUUUGUCUUACUAGACUGCUAUUUGUGUCUGCUUAUUCCCCCUGUGAAGGGUUUGGUAAGAGUGCUGUUUCCCUGUCCCUUGACUUUAUAAGCUGUCUUCCUUACCUGAGUUCCAGCAGCUAAUCUGUGCCCUAUUUGUGCCUCUCCUUUCUUAGACGGGACAGGAUCCCUUUUGGGGAUAGUCAAGACACUGAUGUAAAGAGUCACCUUAGGACUUGUACUUUUUAGUUACUCCAGGGUGAAGGGCAGAUAUCCCUGGCCCAUUUCAGGCCCUAUCACGGAGUAAUUGAAUCCUUAGGGAUGGCUUGGGCUGACACAGCCCCUUCCCAGUGGACUAGGAGGUCAGACCCACCUCAACCCCUUGGGGUUUGGGUAGAAUUGGACCCAUUCUAGGACUGCAGUGAACCAAAGAGAAUUUGGUCCACUGUUUACUCUUCCACCAUGAGCUUGGCCAUCAGGCCUGGGAGGUCAGAUCUUGACCGAUAGGAUCCCUAUGUAGUUCAUCAUGGAGGCCCCCCAAUUAUCCUGUGACCCAGACACGCCCAGCCCACUCCCAGCCCCUUAUCCUCACACUGAAUGUCUCCUCAACAGCAGACUGUGGUGGAAAUUAUAGCCGUGUGCCUCCAUGUAUUCUCUGAGUUGUACUGUAGAAACAAGUGUUUAUGAGGAAUAAACAAAUCACCAGAACUGCC